CGUACAUAUAAUAGAAGAUUUGUGGUCAUAUAUAAAACCGUAACGCAAGCGACAAACCUUAUUGACAUGUUCAAGCAGAGAAGUCAACAUUUUAUUUAUUAAUCUUCCAAUUUUGCCCACACUUGUCUCUCCCUAAAACAGCCAAAAAUAUUGUCACGAAGACGGUUAUGAAAAAAAAGAAAAGAAAAAGAUUCAAUAAUUCUUUCCUAUUAACGUAAAAACAGGGGGAAAAGAGAAGUUUUUUUUUUUUUGUUAGCUUGUGACAGUUGUGAGUGUGAAGCUAAGGCGAGGGGUUUGAGUGUUAGCUGGCUUUCUUGUUGUUUAGUGUCAUUCUUUAGCCAAAUUGGUUCGGCAAAACACAUAAGAAGAAAAGGGCAAAUUCUUGGUGAUGCAAGAAACUUAACUCAUCAUUUGUUUGUGUUUAAAAUUGGUUAUUUAAGAUGGUUAGAUUGGGCUGUUUUGGUGGCCAGUGUGUAGGUGGAGGAUCUUCUUCUAGCUCUGGUCGAGGAAAAAGCCAUGAGGGUAAUAUAAAGUAUGGUUUCAGCCUAGAGAAGGGGAAGGCUGAUCAUCCGAUGGAAGAUUACCAUGUUGCAAAAUUUGUACAGAUAGAAGAACACGAGCUUGGCUUAUUUGCAAUUUAUGAUGGUCAUUUGGGGGAUGAUGUUCCUUCUUAUCUGCAAAAACAUCUGUUUGCCAAAAUCUUAGAGGAGGAGGAGUUUUGGGUAGAUCCACGCCAAGCAAUCACAAAAGCCUAUGAAAAAAUUGACCAGACAAUACUUUCAAAUAGUUCUAAUUUGGGCCGAGGUGGGUCCACUGCUGUCACUGCUAUACUGAUAAAUGGCCUAAGAUUGUGGGUAGCUAAUGUGGGAGAUUCACGAGCUGUUCUCUCUCGGGGUGGUCAAGCUAUUCAGAUGACAAUAGAUCACGAGCCAAAUACAGAACGAGGCAGCAUUGAGGACCGAGGAGGUUUUGUCUCAAAUAUGCCAGGGGAUGUUGCAAGGGUGAACGGGCAGCUAGCUGUUUCUCGUGCUUUCGGAGAUAAGAGUCUUAAGUCACAUUUGCGAUCAGAUCCAGACAUUCUCGAUAUCUACGUUGAUGUCAAUUGUGACAUUCUUAUCCUUGCAAGUGAUGGCCUCUGGAAGGUGAUGUCUAAUCAAGAGGCAGUCGAUAUAGCUAGAAGAAUUAAAGAUCCCCAGAAAGCAGCCAAGCAAUUAAUAGCUGAAGCGUUGAAGAGAGACAGCAAAGAUGAUAUAUCUUGUGUCGUCGUCAGAUUUAGGGUAUCGAAUUUGACCGCUUGAGUGAAGCUUGCGAGAAGGCUGGUGGAACAAAUGACAAAAAAAACAUAAGACAUGAUUAAUCAGGUCACUUAGUUCAUUUGAACAUUCAGAGUGGACAUAUUUACAUCAUCUGGUAUAUUUGUCGAAUUUAGGAGUAUAUAGAGAUGCCUGCAGGACAUGUGAAGCUCGAUAUUUUUUUACUUCAUUAGAGGUCUUAUUGGUCUCUGGUCUUGUACAUAUGGUGUUGUUUCUAAACAACUAAAGAGGUUUAAAUCUCCAUUUACAAGUGGAGUAUGUUUGUAAUUAGCUUUGGUAUUUUCAUUGUUGUAAUUAGAAGCCUAAACGAUGAACACUCAUGUGGUACCAAUAAUCUUUGUUUAUUUUUCUUUCUGUUUCCUGGAAAUAGAACAAGAGCAAUUUUUGUGGUCCCUUCUCCAUAGGGAAGAGGAAAAAAUGAUUCGUUUAUGCUUUGGUAUUAGCCACAGCUCGUAUUCAUACGGUAAUAGUAGUUUUGUCCCUUCCUCAUUA